AUGAUUAGAAAAAUAAGAACUGAUAAAAAAGAUACAAUUUGUAAACGUGGAAAUGUAGCUUUUACUAAAGUGCCAAUUAUAAUACCCAUUCAAGAAUUUAUGCAACAUCCCAUUCGAGAGCCUAUUCAAACUCUUAAACUAGAAAUGACUGCUUAA